CUGCACAACAAGUCUCUCAGUUAGAAUAUGCUCCCUUUCCCUCCAAACAAGAGCACUUUGCAUGAGUUUGAGUCGUUUGGAGAGCAGGCGGAUUCCCCUCAGUCUGUACAGUACUUAUAUUCAUUUCACUCUUCUGUUUCUUUCAGCUCCACUCUUGACUGGCACUCCAGAAGUUUCAAAGCUCCACAAAGACCACGAAUCAAUCUCCGGACUUCACAACAAGUCAGAGUCCUGCAGGAAGCCGAGGACCCCGAGCUGCACUUGGCAGCUCCGAAAACAAUGGCACAGUGCACGGCGAAUGCGAACCCUGCCAAGGUGAUCCAGAAUGCGAAGGCUGGCGUCAAGGACCCGAGAACAGUUCCAACUGAGCUUGCAUCGGCCGCGGCGGUCAAAGUCAGACCGGCAGACCUGGGGCUGAUUCGAAGCCUGUCCAAGUCCGACUCUGACUUGUUGGCGUCACCGCUCGGAGAAGAGGAUGGAGGUCUGGCUGGCCGCAGUGGGUCGGUGUCUAACUGCAGCUCUGGGCAGCCGUCCAUUGAGCGCAUGCCCUCCUUUGCCUCAGAGUGGGAUGAGAUCGAGAAGAUCAUGAACCUGAUCGGAGCAGGCAUUGAGACGUCCAAAAGCAAGCAGCCCACACCGAGCGCAGAUGGGGCCUGCGGCAGAGCCCUGGACCAGCCGGUGGGAGAGUGGCUGGAGCACGUGGGGCUGCCGCAGUACGAGAGCAAGUUCCUGCUCAAUGGCUUUGACGACCUGCGAUUCAUGGGAAGUAACGUGAUGGAGGACCAGGACCUCCGAGACUUUGGGAUCACCGACCCGGGACACAGAAAGAAAAUCCUCCACGCGGCGCGCAGCUUGCCCAAGGUGAAGGCGCUGGGCUGCGACGGCAGCACGUCCCUCGCCUCUUGGCUGGACGGCCUCGGCCUGCACGAAUAUCUGCCCAACUUCCUCUCAAGCGGCUACCGCACGCUGGAGUGCGUGAAGAACCUGUGGGAGCUGGAGAUCGUCAACGUUAUUAAGAUCGGUGCCCUGGGCCACAGGAAGAGGAUCAUUGCCUCUCUAGCAGAGAGACCGUACGAGGAAGCUCCGUCCAAGUCCCGUCGUUUGUCCCCGAUUAUGUUUCAUGACCUCCUGUCCCAGACCACAUCGCCCCUCAGUCAGAUGGACCCCUACACCAGUCGCUCCAUGGACAUGCUCCUGCCGCUGACCGAGUCGGACCGGAGGCGGAGAGGGGCCGACCAGGACUGCAGCACCUCUCUGCGGUCUUACAGCGAGAGGCCGCGCUCUGUAGACAGACAGAGCGAGCGACACAAAGACUCUCGCUUGAACCUCCGGCCACCGAGCCAAUCUGCUACCUACGCCACGGUGUCCGCCUGGCAUCACCAGCCUGAGAAACUCAUCAUGGACUCCUGCGGGUACGAGGCCACUUACCUAGGAUCGAUGAUUAUCAGGGAUCUACGAGGGAUUGAGUCCACACAAGAUGCCUGCGCCAAAAUAAGGAAAUCAAAAGACUCAAGAAAGGGUCCAGUUGUCAUCCUGUCCAUCACCUACAGAGGUGUCAAGUUCAUUGAUGCAGCCACAAAGAGCAUAGUUGCAGAGCACGAGAUCAGGAACAUCUCGUGCGCUGCCCAAGACCCAGACGACCUCUGCACUUUUGCUUACAUUACCAAGGAUCUGAAGAGCGGCCACCACUUCUGUCACGUCUUCAGCACGGUGGAGGUGACACAGACUUACGAGAUCAUCCUGACACUGGGACAGGCUUUCGAGGUGGCCUAUCAGAUGGCGAUGCAGUCCCGGGCGAGACAGUAUGUCCCCCCUUCGUCUCUGCCCACGGAGGUCGUGGAGACCAAAGCCAGCCGUCCCGUAUCGCAGUCGUGGAGCAGCAUGCGGAGAUCAGCAGGUGCCCCUCCGCUCGAAUGCCGCUGCUGUCACUGUCACACGUGUACCACCCACCGUCCCUCCUUCCUCCCGUUGCACUCCGUUAGCCCUGGAGUCCAGAUUGACCCCCUGGAGAUGGACGCCGACAUGCACUCCCUGGGCAGCACCACCUGGCUCUUGGACCAGCGGGACUCCAACAGGCGCCCCGUCAGCACCAACCUGUCCUGUCUCACCAGGCAUCUACCACUGUGAGGACGCUGCUUUGCUAGCAUGGGAUAAAUGCCAGGCGGACCGAAAAAAAAUAAAAAUAAAAAUAAGAAUUAGAACAAUCAGUGAAAGGUAAAAAAAAAAAAAAAAAAGCCACUUGCAGCAAACUUUCUUUUUCUACACAUUUGUACAAUACUCAUGACAACAACGCGGAGGACGGGUCACGGAUCUGAUGUCUGAACUCAAACGGACCAAGAACUACUGGAGCCUCGUACACACACACACACACACACACACAGACACACACACACACACAGGAGGACAACUUUCCUACACUUUACCGAGGACAACAGCCUUACUUCAUUUCGGAUUAUCUAUAAUCAACUAAAGCCCCCAACACCACCGCCUGCCCCUCGACCUCCUCCCAACAAUUGCACGCCCCCGCCCCCCCCCUCCCCACAUGCUUCUACAGGACUGAAAACAAAACAAAAAGGACAUCACUUCUGAUUCCCUGGUGUUCUGGACUGACGUCGUCCUUUCUGAGGGCACAGUUUGGUCCGGAUGAGUCUUGGCCCCGGUGCCUCUCGGCGUCCACGGUUGCACCGAGAGACUGCGAGAAGAAAUCCCAGCAUCACCUCCUUGUCAAUUCAAACACUGUGUAAGAAAGAAAAAGAAAAAGAAAAAAGAACAUGGCACUUUCCCUUUUAAUACCUUCCUCUUUUUUUUCUUCUGUUCUUCUUACGAUGCAAAUAGGAAAUCAGUGCAUUUUGUGAUACUUUUUGAUAGACGACCGGGGGGGCUGACCCAAAUGGGACUGGAGUGAUUGCGAAAGGGGAUCAUGGAAGGAUCCUGACAUCAAUACGACCUGUGUCCCAAAAGAAAAGGACAGAAUACACACACACACACACACACACACGAGUGUACUGACGUUGUUUUUCUGCAUCUCGUGAUGUUGGGGAUGUAAACGAAAACAACAACAUCCCAAUUCAAUUUCACUCGUGUGCAUCAAUGAGCCCCCCGAGCACAUUUCCCGACACAGCAUCAUCUUGCUGUCGUGAUUACGCGGGCUGGGCGUCCCAUCCGACGCCGUUUUCGCGCCGAGAAUUCAGAGAAUCAGGUACAGUACACGCAACAACGACAAAAAAAAAAAAAAAAGGAUGUCGCCCCACAAAUGUAGCGGCGGCGGCGGCGAAACAGCAGGUUUGAAUUCCACCACAUUGAGAAGGGGGCCCGCGUGUAAACGCCGCUCUGGCGCCGCGUCAGUGCCAAUGGCUUUGUUACGCUGAGAACGUGACGCAAUCUUCUUUCUUCUCCUUCAUCUUGGAAGAAUUCUCUCCUCCUGCACUGUGACUUAGAAAAUGCUCGUUGUGGAGUCGUCCCGUCCCGUCCCCGUCCCGUCCCCCCCGUCCCCCCACACCCACCCCCCUUGUUGUGUGCUGUGUGCCCGAGCUGCUGUGCUGCCUCCGCGUGCCUGGUUUCUGUCCGUCCGUCCUCGUGGGAGUUUGGACCGUUACUGUUCCGUCACCUGGCCACUGUCCCCGCUCUGUGUGUCGGCCGCGGGAGACGCCGGGUCUCUUUUUUCUCGUUCCCUUCCCUCCUCUCCAGAAGACGAGUGUUUGCCUGGAGAGGGACCGUUGGGACGGCCGCGGUCGGCCCUGUUCCGACUGUUGACUGUUGGCUUCCACUGACGAUGCAUGACGGCAGUGUUGUUUCCUCUGUUCGCCGCGUGCCGUCGCGCCCUGCGAUGCCCUCGGCCUGGGCCGUCGUUUGUGUGUACCCGCAGCAGUGUCCCGUCUCCCCUCGCUCAUCUGCUUUUUAUGUUCCCCUCUCUUCCGUCACGCACAAAACGCACACGCGGCGACUCAUCCUCCACCCCACCCCACCCCUCCCUCCCAUGUCACCAACCCACGUCUCCAUCGUCAUCACUCCUCAAAUUCUUGUCAACGUGUGUGUUCUUCCAUUCUGUGUGUGUCACCGAGGCAACCUGCUCUAGUCAUGGAUGCACAAUGUGAAAAAAAAGAAAAAGAAAACUAGAAAGAGGCAUUACACUUUAAUGAGCAGCGGCUAUUUGAAGCAAGUUUUGGUGGCAUGAUAUUGGGCUGUGCAUGUUACCGGUCUCCUUUUUUUAACAUUUGGUGUUCUCCCUGUGUAGCUCACCCCAGCGUUCAAGUUUCCGGAUACCAAGCUGUGAGUUGAAGGGGAGCGGCCCGGUGUGAGUGUGUUUGCGUGUACUGAGUUAGUGGAAAGAGACACAGAGAGAGAGAGAGAGACAGAGAGAAAACGAGAGGUAAGCCUUUACGCAACGAUGCAGGGCAGGGACAUUUAGACCUCACUGUGUAUCCCCCUGCCCCCCCCCCCUCCCGCCCACGAUACGAAUCCCAACACACGAACGACAGGUAGCCUGCUGUCCCACGCCAGGACCAGGCGUUUCACUCCCCGUCCCUUGAGACAAAGGUCAGCCGGAGAGGUCGAGGUCUACUUCCUGUCCUCCGUGUGACCCCUCUGACCUCGUCAUGUAGGUACUGUAAUGUUUAGAGCACUGUAGACCAUUAACGAUGUAGACCGUUGAUGAGCAUUUCUAUUGAUUCAGGUCUACUGGAGAAAAGUAACAGCGGGGGAUUAUUGACAGAGGGUUGACUGAAAUGUAAAAAAAAAGAAGAAGAAGAAAAAACUGUACCAGCAUACAAUGCUUUGCCCAUGUUUGCGGACAGAGUUUGGUUUGUCGAUGAAAAAAAUGUGAUACUGUCUCAAAUUUCAAAGCAAUAUUAUAGUAAUGAAAUUAAAUAAUACAAUGACAAAAGAAUCCCCCUUCAA